UGAGCUUCGAACUACAUGUUUCUAGUCGGACACGUUCUAGACGUUCCAGACCCAGACGCCGGAAGUACUGUGGAGUAAACUCACGUGUGCAUCAUGAAAAAUCUCAAAAAACACAACAAUAAUUUCAAAGGUGGUAAAUUUAAGCCCGGAUCCAAGAAAAGAGAGAACAAGUGCAUCGUGUCGUUUGACGACAAUGACAGAGAGAACUAUUUAACCGGUUUCCAUAAACGUAAGGUGGAGAGGAGAAAAGUAGCAGUGGCAGAAAUUAAAAAGAAAAUCAAGGAGGAGCAGAUCAGAGUCCGAGAAGAAAGGCAUAAGGAAUACCUAAGGCUGCUGAAGGAGAGGACAGAUGCUCUAGAGGAAUGCGAAGAUGAUCUGGAAGAUGCAAUAACCGCUACAACAGAGUCUGUGCAGUACGAUCAUCCCAACCACACAGUCACCGUGACAACCAUCAGUGAUCUUGACCUCACAGGAGCUCACCUGCUCGGACCCGCAGCAACGGAGGAUGAUGAGGAGGGCAAGGAUGAAGAAAAAGAAGAGGAGGCGAGGGAGCAAACUAGAGCAAUGCCAAGAAAAUCUGGGAAUCCAAUCAUGAACAAAAAGAUCCGCUCCCUGAAUAAGUCCCUCACCACUUUCACCUGCAAGAAGCAGAAGAGGAAAGCCCGAACGUCAGACAAGAAGCGCACCACGACUCAGAGUAAAAAAAGAGGCAAGUGGCAGAGACGGCGACUGACGGGGAAAAAGGUGCACAAUCCAAACGAGUGAAAGGGUUGGGAUUGGUGAAGAGACUUCAUGUGUCAGGAGCCUGUCGAGAAAAAAAUGACUUUAAGCUCCUGUGUUCGAGGAGGAUGUGUUUAUUCUGCAACAUCUGCAGACACAAGCUUAUAUGGAUGCUCACUCAUGGACAUUGAAACAUUUCUGUGUGUCCCUGCCUCUUGAUAUCCUGUUCAAAAACAGUUUUUGCCGUGUCCUUUCUUUAAUGUUUACUGUAUUCACCUGCAUUUCCACUAAUAAAAGAUUGCUAACAAGUG